CGUCAGCGCAAGAUUUGUUAGAUGCGUUACGCGUGCGAUCCGGGCCGGUUCUUCAUUUCGGACCCCCGCCAGGAUGCGGACACGCGCGUUCAAUCCGUCGCCAUCAAGAGUCGCCUUGGCGGAGAGGAACUCACGCUGGAACAGCUGGAACUCUUUCCGGCGGACGCCGCCGCCCUAGAGGAAGAGCUGGGGGACUUUCGAUUCAAGGUUGGCCGAACCAGCAGUAAAAGGAUUCGGCCCAGUAUGCUGCGGCUGCGUCAGUGCGUCGAAGUGGCCACGCUGCAGAUCGUGCUGGAUGCGUUUGAAAGUGGCGGCGAUGCAAGCGUGAGGAUUCACCGCAAGCUGGCGCCGUUCAAGUGUGGUAUCGUGUGUCUUUCCGACGACCCCGCCCUAAUGCCGGAGUUGCGCGACCUGGCCAAACACCUGUGCAACGUGCUGCGCAAAGCGAACCUUCCCGUGCUCGACUGCUCCGAGCGUAACGGCGGUCGUUUCCUGGCCAAACAGCUGCACCACCUCGACUCGAUUGCCGUCCCGUACUGCCUGCUGCUGCGCGACCAGUGUCUCCAGAGUGGCCUCUUUCAGCUGCGGUCCCGCGACACCACCCUCAGCGAAACGAUUCACAUCUCGGAUUUACCAGAAUAAAUUUUAUU